GAACGCAUUACGGAAACACCAAAGCAUUUCCGGUGAUAACUUUCUCAUCAAGCGUCUCUUUCAUCAGUGUUGUUAUUGACAUCCAGGAAUCUCGCCAUCGGAAUCUUUGAAUUACACAGAAAAAAUUCCCCGUUGUUUCCCUCUAUUUAUUCUGAUCUAAAAUCCCCCAUAAACCCUUUCACCAAAUCGACCAAUUUCUCCGCCUUUGACUUGUAGGGAUGAGUGCUGAGGAGCUGUUGAUCAUCGAUCCCCUCGAGCUCAGAUUCCCAUUCGAGCUUAGGAAACCAAUCUCAUGUUCUUUUGAGCUGCUCAACAAAACGGAUUCUCACGCUGCUUUCAAGGUUAAAACAACAAAUCCGAGGAAGUAUACUGUUAGGCCAAACAGUGGCGUUGUCCCCCCUAGAUCAAGGUGUAAUGUUACAGUUACAAUGCAACCUCAGAGUGAGGCACCUCUUGAUAUGCAAUGCAAAGACAAGUUUCUCAUACAGUGUGUGAGUACUCACCCUGGCGUUACACCUAAAGAUAUCUCCCAAGAAACGUUUAAUAAGGAGGUCGGGAAGAAUGUCCAGGAGUGCAAGUUGAAAGUUGUUUACGUUUCACCACCAAGACCGCCAUCUCCAGUUCCAGAAGAACCUGAAGAAGUGCAUUCACCUAGGGCUUCUAGAACUGAAAUGGUGAAUCAGGAUGAGAAUUCUGCUCCCAGGGAUCAAAUUGUGAAACUAAUGGAGGUGAGAGAUGCCAUUAUUCAACAAAAUGGCAAACUGCGUCGAGAGUUGGAGUAUUUGCGGCGAGGAGGUUCACAAAAGCGUGCCGGAGUUCCCCUGCUCUAUGUUUUGCUUAUAGGCUUGAUUGGCAUUCUAAUGGGGUACCUUUUCAGAAAGUCAUGAUCAAGCCCAAAGAUGAGGUUUUGCAAUGGAUUGGAGAGCAAGUUUUUUAGUUAAAAAAUGAGAGAUUGUUUUGGUUAUAACCUGAUACUUUGGGGGUUUCCCCCUUUUUAGUAAACUGUACAUCUAUAAAUCAAGAGAUACUAGACACUAGACAGAACAUGACAUUCAAAAUUUUCGUUCCAAUAUUGAUAUUUUGAUUGCAUCA